AUGAAAGAACAUGGGUUUUACAUGUUAAACAAAGUAGUUGAGAAUAUGCUCGGAAAGUCAAUAGAACAAAGCUUCGAGGAGAUUGCAGUUGAAGAACUUAGGGCUAAACACCAAGUUGAGAUUAACGCACAAAUGAAAGAUAAGGGAAAAGGUGUUGAAAGCAGUGUGGCAGUGACUGAAAGUUCAAUUGUUCCAUCUCUAGUUAUUGAGAAUCCAGUUCCUAUAUCUUCCGUAUCAGCAAUCUUUGAAGAACAUGUAUCACUGGAAGAUCUUGCUGAGGAUGAUGACGAUGAUGAAAAAGUUUUCUCUGCUAGCAGUCAUGGUUCCGAUGAUGAUAAUGACGAUGAUGACAAUCAAGGUGGUAUGGGAAUCAAAGUGACUGAACAGUCAAGUGAAAGAAAUGUUGAUGAUUAUUUGAAUGAUAGUGUGAACGAAGAAACAUGGGAAGCUAAAGGAAAGGGGGAGCAUGGUAAUGAUCAAAAUGUUGAACAUGUUGAAAAGUUAAUUUUGAGAUUAGACACUAAUAUGGAGGAAGGUGAACACAGACAUACGUAUACAUUGGAUGAGAUUAAAGAAAUGACACGUAUACCCGAGUAUGAGUACAAGUAUGUAGAGGAUGCUGAUAUAUAUGACAGGGUUGAGGUUGUAGAUUGCACUGAUGACGAGAGUGUAAAUGAAGAUACUUCUCAGUACCCUACACUGAUGGAGUUCUUUACUGAAGAGAAUCGAGAUGAGUUAAGAAGGAAAGUCGCUGAGAUCUUGAAAGACAAGAAUUUUGAUGGUGCUCCUAAAGACAUGCAGAAGGAAGAACAACAGAAGUGGUUUAAAGACAGUCAUGAAAGAAAUUUUAAAAGGCCGUUGAAAAGGGAGUUUGGAGUACAGUACUUUGAAUGUCUAUAUGAUGUGAUGUCAUUACCAUGGUGGGAUGUUGAAGAGCUAUCGAAAGUGAGAACUUUAGGGUAUCCUGUUCGAAAGAAUGAUGUUACAAUGUGGGGAUACAUAAAGUUUGAAUCUUUAAAGAAUUUCCGACACUGGAAGCCGCAUUACCCGAAGAGAGUGCAAAGGGUAGAUCCGGUGACAGGGGUUGAAGAAACUAUUCUUAAUGUUAAAAAGCCAAAGACGAUGAAGAAUAUACCAGUGCCAAAGAUGGAGCAGGAUUUCUAUAAAGGCUUCUUGGGCUGGUCUGAAGACCGUGAGCAGGCGGUGCAGUUUCAACAAGUUGUAUCUAUUUGUUUUCAGAAAGGCAUUAAUUCUGAAAAUAAAUGGAAUUCUAAAUGGUGGUCGCUUGAAGAGAAGGAAAGAAAGAAAGCUGAACGUGAACGCAAGAAACUGGAAGCAAACAGAGGAAAAUGGAUGAAGCAACAGGCCGAAGAGGAUAAGAGAAAGAAGAAAGAGAAUGACAGGCUUAGGAACUUACUGAGGAAAAAGCCUAAGCAGCAUGAUGAAACUUUCAAGUCACUCUGA